ACCACCACCUCCUCCUCCUCCUCCUCCUCCUCCUCUGCUGCACAUCGCUGCACAUCGUCCCCACCACUGCUGCUGCCUUCGCCAAACUCACGCUCGGAUCACCUUCCCCAGCCGACGAGGGCACACUCUGGCCAUAUAAUUCUGCCUGCAACCACUCACCCUCACCAUGCCUUUCUCAUCACAUCUCCGCAUCCAGACUUCGUUUGAGCCCUUCACGGCCGAGACUACGCGCUCCCACUACGUCUCGUCGCCGCCGCCCAAGAAGCAAAAAAUGUCCUUGACCCAGACCUACUACAUUGCUGCCUCGGCCCGCUCCAAGCUGGGCAAGGAGGCAUGCAGGGCCGACCACGACCUCCGCCUGCUCGUUGGACACGCCAACCUCCUCGACAGCCUCAUGAUUGAACUCCAGGACGCCGAGCGCCAGCAGGAACAGUGGUUCAACCAGACCAUGGCCAAGGCCUCCAAGGCCGACGAGUCUCGACACAUCCAGUGGGCCGACAGCAUCGUCGAGGAGCUCGACGACGACGACGACGACGUUUCCGAGUCGGACUCUGACAACGACGACGACUUUGACAUGAUCCCCAUGCCUCGCCGCAUUGCCCAAGCGCCCGUCCAGAUCAGCACAAUGGAGGUGGACCAGGACGACUCGGACGACGAAGACUUUUACGACGACAUGGAAGACGACUCUGAACUCGCCCUCACCCGUGUUCCCUCGCAAUCACAAUCACCGCCCGAGCUCACCUUUGAGGACGAGUCGGACGACGAGUCGCCGCCCACAUCCCCCUCGCAAUCGACGCUCAACUUCAACAAGGAAGCCAUGCUCACAACCACCUUCUACGACGCAAAGCCACAAGAAGCGCAGUACAUGGAGCACGACGACCAACCGCUGUUCAUGGACACGACAAACACGCCGCUCAUCUCAAGUUAUUAGGCCAGCACACGACCCUGUUCCGACCUCAUGAUUUUUGAUCCAGCACUGUUUUAUUUUAGCGAGCGAGCGAGUCAUUUCCAGCAUAGCGUUGUAUUCACUUGAGCACGAUAUCCUUUUCUUUAUUUGCACGGCGUUUUUUUUUACAUGUCGGAUUGUACUGGCAUAUAUACCGCAGGGCGGGGGACAUGUCUCUGCGAUGAUUUCAGGACUCUACUCUCUUGUAUGCAUGCAUGGGAUGGACACUAGAUAGGGGCGGAGGAGAAAGACUUUGGGCGUGUGUUAGUUUUGGUACGAGCGGUUCAAGUUCUCCCGAGAACAUUGGUCGAGACUGCCGCCUUAGCUACAGAAUGAGAGAAACAAUCCACAACGAUCC